AUGGUCAAUAGGCCUGAAAAUGUGUGGAAUGAAGUAUGGCACUACUUAGCUGAGGAUGCACAAUAUAACAGGCGGUUAGCGUUGCAGGAUGAAGGUUUGUGCUUAUCUGAUGAAGAAAAGAAGAAUUUCGGAUUGAUUGAAAUAGAGCGAUUGUUACAAAUGUACAAUAAGUCUUUAAAAGACUUUCCUCAAAUGCCACUUCCAAACUUUCAGGACGCAUUUCUGGCAGACAAUCGACUGCUCUUUGAUGAACUGUCGUAUGAUCGCAAUGCAUUACAUCAUGAAAGCCAACAAAUGGAAAAGCAAUUAACUGAUGAACAAAAAGUUGUAUAUGAUACAAUCAUAAACGAUGUCUUGCAACAACAUGGUGGUAUGUAUUUCGUCUAUGGAUAUGGCGGUACAGGGAAAACAUUUGUUUGGAAGGCAAUAUCGGCAAAGAUCAGAUCCAAUGGAGACAUUGUAUUAAAUGUUGCAUCAAGUGGUAUCGCCUCAUUGCUAUUACCAGGUGGAAGAACCGCCCACUCACGGUUUGCAAUACCCAUUGUUUUGACUGAAGAUUCUACAUGCAACAUUACUCAAGGAAGCCAUCUCGCUGAACUUAUUACCCCAUGGCAAAACUAA